UGUACUACAAGCGGAUCGCCGCUUCGCAAGGCCGUAACACAUCUUAUUUCGUCCGUGACUAUGUUACAUUAUAUAAGCGAUUAAAAAGAACGUUACUCCGUAACUCUAUACAGAUUCAAUUUUUGGUCGUGAUUUUGUGGAAUAAAUCGAUGUACUUGAAUUUUCAUGGUCCAAUUUGAGACUCUGGAAAUUAUAUACUAGGAUGACACAUCUCACCGUGUUCUCUAUCGUACCCAUCGCAUUGACGAUUCUGCAUGUAUCUGCUCUAAGUCCAGAAAUUAUACGGCCACCUACCAAUGAGGCGACCGUAGAUGGGAAACAUGUUCAGAUUCCCUGCCGCGUUACCGGUGUUCCUGAACCUGAAGUCAAAUGGAUCAGAAACGGUGUAGAACUCACUGGAGGUAGGUACACAACCCUUGAAACUGGAGACCUCGAAAUUAGAAAUGUCAACUUCCUUGAUGCUGGGACUUACACAUGUUACGCGUCCAACAAUUUUGGCCAUGAUAAUGCCUCUGGUAUUCUUGUGGUGAAAAGACACACGACCAUCACUGAGGCACCUGAAAACUACGAAGUCGCUGCCGGAUCUACAGCAACAUUCAGUUGUAACGCUGUGACAGAUUCAAGUUUGACUCUGACCAUUGACUGGCUGAGUAACGGAGAGCAGAUAGAUUUCGCCAUGGAGCCAAGGUUCAUCAAGAGCAACGAUAAUUCAUUGACUAUUACAAAUAUUAUAGAAUUAGAUUCUGGAACGUACAAAUGUGUUGCUCGCACCGAGCUAGAUGAAACAAGCGCUGAAGCUACAUUGACAGUCCAAGAUGUGCCAAACGCACCUCGGUUAGAGGGAAUACAGUGCGGAAAAGAAGAAGCCAACAUCCGUUGGGUCUCUACGGGUGACAACAGAGCUCCCAUCCUGCGAUACACCAUCCAAUCCAACACCAGUUUCAACCCUGAUACGUGGGAGGUUGCAAAGGACGAUAUUCCGACCACAAUGCAAACCUACAGCGUGCCACUGACGCCCUGGACCAAUACGACCUUUCGCGUUUUGGCAUGGAACAAAAUAGGAGUGUCGUUACCAUCGGUAUACAGCGAGACUUGUACCACUCCACCGGACGUCCCUCAUACCAACCCGAAGAACGUCAGAGCUGCGGGUACAAAUCCACAUAAUAUGGUCAUUAAAUGGACCCUGAUGCCUCGCACAGAGCACAAUGGGCCAGGGUUCAAGUACCGAGUGUUCUAUAAACGUGACAUAGACGGUGCAGAAUGGACUAUUAAAGAUAUAAACAACUGGAAAUUGCACAAGCUUCAGGUAGAUAAUCUGCCAACGGCCCAGCGAUACAAGAUCAAAGUUGUGGCCAUUAAUAACCAAGGAGAGUCAAGGGUGGCGGUGAAUGAAGUCUUCGGUUACUCAGGAGAAGACGUGCCGCAAGAAGCUCCAGGGAACUUCACACUGUUGAAUGUAACCGGAAGUACGAGUGCAUUGUUCUCAUGGAACCCCGUACCAGAGGAGUCGAUUAGGGGAAAAUUUCUGGGUUACAAAAUCCAGACGUGGACAGACAAGAGUUCUGAGGAAAAUAUGACUGAGAGACAUGUAAACAAGGGCGCGAGUAGAUAUUUGUUAAAAAAAUUGGUACCAUUCAGCAGAAACUACGUCAGGAUUCUUGCAUACAAUAAAUGGUACUACGGCCCACCGUCGGAUACGCUCAGCUUUGAAACACCUGAGGGAGUUCCAGGAAUGGUCCGAUCGUUCGACGCAAAUCCUCUGGGAUUUGACGCGCUCAAUUUAACCUGGUCGAAGCCCGAACACCCCAAUGGAAUUCUCACAGGGUACAGAAUUUCCUAUCAAACCGUUUCAGGCACAGAAGUGGGACCCCUUCUUGAGAUGAGGCCGUCCGUCGCUGACCCAGAAGCCACUAGCGUCGAGCUACGUGGAUUGACACCGGACACUACGUACAGAAUCCAUAUUCGAGCCGCAACGAGAGCCGGGGAAGGUGAAGAGUAUUUUAUCGAACAAUCAACCGACAGCGCGGACGCAGCAGAUUAUUAUGACUAAUAAGUCGUUCAGAAUUUUCCGCCGGUUGGUGCAGUGAAAGUGGGCCGAGUAACAUUUGCCUGAAGGAAAAAUAAUUAAAAUAAUAAUAUUUUAUGUAUACGUUUUAAAAGAAUGUAUUUCUUUCAUUUAAUUAACAAUGGUAUAUGAAUCUAAAA